UUACAUCGAGAUUAUAUUAAGGUUUGAUAGCGCACUUAUGGACAAAAGAAAGUUUAAGAAAAUUAUUUUAAAAAGAUUUGUAAUAAAAAUAUGCAGUGUAAUUUUAUAAGAAGUAUACAAUAAAAUAUUAUUGUAUCCUGAAAUCGAACAAGUUAUAAUAUAAAGUUCUUUAAUGUAAUGUAAACUUUUUCAUAAAAUUUACGAUAUAACCAAUAUUAGUUGGUAUCAAAUCCUUUAUGUUAUCGAAACUAUUGCCUAUAUAUUUAGAAUAUAAACGAAGGCAGUACUUUUUAUGUAAUUUUUGUUUUCCUAUUAUAAUAUAGUUUUUGUUACAUUAAAAGAAAACCAUGGCUGCUAAAACAAUAUUUAAAAAUUGGAGCAAAUUUCAUGGCAUUUUAUAUAAUCAUUUAACUAGAUCUUACAAUAAAGGAAUGACUUUAAAAUUUCUUGGAGCAGGUGUUGCAACUGGAAUUGUAUUAUACAAUGUAACUGAUAGUAAAGUUAUUGCAGCACAAACUACAUUAAAUAUCACAAAUUUUAUGGCACAACCUAUUACUUCUGUUGAUAAACUACAAGAAAAUCCUGAUCAUAUGAAAACAAAGAUGGAACUUCUAAUCUUAAAAAUACAAGGUGAUUUUUGCAAACAAUUAGAAUCUUUAGAAGAUGAUAAUUCCCAUUUCAAAGUAGAUCGUUGGGCUAGAGCAGAAGGAGGUGGUGGUAUCACUUGUGUUUUGCAAAAUGGAACUGUAUUUGAAAAAGCUGGUGUUAAUAUUUCGGUAGUAUCUGGUUUACUACCAUCAACAGCAAUACAACAAAUGAGAGCACGAGGAAAACAAAUAGAUGAAGGAUCUUUACCAUUUUUUGCAGCUGGUGUAAGUGCUGUUAUUCAUCCACGUAAUCCCAUGGUUCCUACUAUACAUUUUAAUUACCGAUAUUUUGAAAUUGAAAAUAAAGAUGGUUCAAUUCAAUGGUGGUUUGGAGGUGGUACAGAUCUAACACCUUAUUAUUUGAAUGAGGAAGAUGUGAAACAUUUUCAUAGCACAUUAAAAGAAGCUUGUGACAAGCAUAAUUUAUCAUAUUAUGCGAAGUUCAAAAAAUGGUGUGAUGAUUAUUUUUAUAUUAAUCACAGAGGAGAAUGUCGUGGUGUAGGAGGAAUCUUUUUUGAUGAUUUAGACAUUCCAAGUCAGAAUGAAGCAUUUCUGUUUGUAAAAUCAUGUGCAGAAGCAGUUAUACCAUCUUAUAUCCCACUGGUAAAACUACAUAAAAAUGAUGGCUAUGGAUAUGCCGAAAGACAGUGGCAAUUGUUACGCAGAGGAAGAUAUGUAGAAUUUAAUUUGAUAUAUGAUCGUGGUACAAAAUUUGGAUUAUAUACACCUGGUGCUCGGUAUGAAAGUAUUUUAAUGUCUUUGCCUUUAAAUGCUAAAUGGGAAUACAUGCAUGAACCUAAUCCGAAUUCAGAAGAAGCAAAACUUGUAGAAGUACUUAAAAAUCCAAGAGAUUGGUUAAAUUCAACAUAAAAUUGUUUAUUGUCAGAAAUUGAUUAUAUAAAUUAAUUUGAUGGGGAAUUAAUUUUAAUAAUAUAAAGAAUAUAUAUUUUUAAUAUCAUACACACACACAUAUACAUACAUACACAUAAUAUUGUGCAAUAAUAAUAUUGUGUGUAACUAUUUUGCUGAAUAAUUUUAAUCUUGUAAAAUAUAGUUGGUAAU